AUGCCGUUCGCACAACUUGUCCUGGGCAGCCCCGGCGCCGGCAAGAGUACAUAUUUGCACCAGUUUAUGGGCGCAAUAGGCAGACAAUGUUCAGUUGUUAAUCUCGAUCCUGCGAACGAUAAAACGAGCUACCCAUGCGCUCUAGACAUCCGUGACCUCGUCACGUUGGAGGAAAUUAUGGGCAGCGACAAUCUUGGCCCGAACGGCGGGGUUCUCUACGCCCUCGAGGAGCUGGAACACAAUUUUGAGUGGCUCGAGGAGGGCUUGAAAGAGUUUGGUGACGACUACAUUCUAUUUGACUGUCCCGGACAGGUCGAGCUGUACACGCAUCACAACUCGUUGCGCAACAUCUUCUUCAAGCUCCAGAAGAUGGGAUUUCGGAUGGUCGUUCUACACCUCUCCGACAGCUUCUGCUUGACCCAACCCUCUCUUUACCUCUCGAACCUCCUGCUCGCGCUCCGAGCUAUGCUACAAAUGGACCUCCCGCACAUCAACGUCCUUACCAAGAUCGACAAGGUCUCGUCAUAUGAUCCGUUACCGUUCAACCUCGACUUCUAUACCGAGGUACAAGACCUGUCGUACCUCCUGCCGAGUCUCGAGGAAGAGUCGCCUGCGCUGCGAAGUGAGAAGUUCCGGGCUCUCAACGAAGCUGUCGCGAAUCUGGUAGAAAGCUUCGCGUUGGUUCAGUUCGAGGUUUUGGCAGUCGAGAACAAGAAAAGCAUGAUGCACCUACUAAAAGUGAUCGACCGCGCAGGCGGGUAUGUUUUCGGCAGCGCAGAGGGAGCCAACGACACUGUCUGGCAGGUCGCGAUGAGGAACGAACCCUCCAUGCUCGAUGUUCAGGACAUACAAGAGCGGUGGGUUGACCAGAAGGAUGAGUACGACGCGGCUGAGUCCAAGACAGAGGAAGACCAAGCCAAGAUCAGAGAAGAUCAAGCGAGCGCGAUGGGUCAGACCGGUGCCGGGGACGCUGAUUUGGACGACGUGCCCAUGCCGUUGCCUUCGGAUCUCGGCGUCAAAGUAACGCGGAAGAAGAAAUGA